CGCUUGGCUCGGCCCGGGGCGCUCUCCCGAGCCCGCGCUGCAGGCAUGUGGCGCGUGCCCCCUGCAGCCGAGCCCUGCGCAGCGCCUCGCUCUCGUGGUCUCGCGGCCGAGAGCUGCUGCGCUGCGCACUCCCGCUGCCCUGGGCGCAUGCGCGAGGUUUGAACGCGGCGGCGGGAUCUGCGAUGUCGCGUGGGCGCGGGCAGAUACAAAGACCAAAAAGAAAGUAACUGCAGAAUGUUGGCUCUCACAAGAUGACAGUUCAAUUCUGCCCUUUUCUUCCAGUAGUGAUGAAGAAUUUGAAAUAUUUUUAUCUAGAAUGAAGACUCAGAAAUCCCUAACACACAAAGUCUCCAAGAAAAAAAAAAGCAGUUUGAAUGAAAUCAUUGUUGACUCUGUGGAAGACUACUUCUCUGAUUUUACAAGAAAGAAUGACAUAAGUAGGAAGGCAAUGAAGAAUGUUCAGAUCCAGAACACACCAGUGACAUCUGGAAAGGAAAAGACUUGCUCUCAGGAAUGGGUGUAUCCAGAGAUUUUAAGUGACAGUAAUGAUGAUUCUGUUUUCAUAAAAAGUUCAUGGUCUGACCACUGCCAAGAAAAUGAAGCGAGAGGCUUGAAAAACAAUCUGCAUCACAUACCACAAGCUCCUUCACAAAAACAGAAGGAACUUGAUGUUUCCCAAUAUAGUCCAGAUUCAUCUCUUGAUGGGAAAAAACAAGAUCAGGAAAAGUAUGCAGGGAGCCACACACAGAUCUUGGCACUCCAAUGUAGUGCUGUGUUAGAACCAGACAGCUCAGAAGAUGAAUUUGAAUCUUUAAUAGAACGGAUAAAGAACAGAAGAAUACCACUAACUCCAAGUUUAACUGCAAACAAAAUCACUGCAUCCCAAUCAGCCAACACAGAACAGGAAAACAUCAAGCUUCCCUGUGACAGUGCACAACACUCUGUUAGGAAAAAGAGAAUUGUGACAUCAAAAUCAGAAUCCUCUUCAUCUAAAGAAACACCUUCCAGUGUAAUGCCUUCUCUGAGGAUUCCUAAGAGCAAAUCAGUCUCUAGUAUACAUUCAUCUGAGACAGAGGAAAGUUGGAAUCACUGUGGAGUACCAGGCUGUUUCUUACAAGAGCUGUCAAACCCAGCAUCCCAAUAUGUGAGAACUUUCAGGAAGAAGAAGGAGGAGUUGGCACAGAAGCUCUACACCCUUUAUAACUGUACCAUCUUUGAGCAAAAGUUGCCAGAGAAAAUGGAAAUCAUCUGGAACAAAAAGAUGCGGAAGACAGCUGGAUACUGUGUGACUGGACAAACAAAAAGUCCAGAGAUACAACGCUAUGCUCGGAUAGAGCUCUCAGAGAAAGUCUGUGACUCUCAAGACCGGCUUCGAGACACAUUGAUCCAUGAGAUUUGCCAUGCAGCCACGUGGGUAAUCAAUGGAAUUCGAGAUGGCCAUGGACAGUUUUGGAGAUUCUAUGCUAAGAAAUCAACUGUGGUUCAUCCAGAGUUGCCAGUGGUGACACAGUGCCACAACUAUGAGAUUAAAUACAAGUUCACUUAUCAGUGUUCUCUGUGCAAAACCACGAUUGGGCGCCAUUCCAAGUCACUGGACACAGAACGCUUUGUUUGUGCAUACUGUAAGGGACCUUUGGUCCUGUGCCAACCAACACGGAAGGAUGGUACUCCUGCUAGAGCACUGCUAACACCAUUUGCAAAAUAUGUGAAAGAAAACUAUGGGACUACUAAAAAAGAACAUUGUGGUCUGAGCCAUGCAGAUGUCAUGCAGAAGCUCAGUGCUGCAUUUGCUUUAAAGACUAGGAUCCUAGAUUCCUGAAUGCUUCUUGGGAUGUACAUGCUGGCCUUAUGCUUUGCAAUCAUUGUACCAUUAGAGAAAAUAGCUAGUUUUUGUCUGGUUAUCAAGAGCUAUGAAAAGUUUUUAAGCAUCUGCUGCUGUUCUGUGUUCCUCGGAUCAAUGCAUGCAUAAUCCCUUGCUGCUGUACUCAGAAGCAGGUGAAAUGCUCUUUAUGCCCAGGGAUUCCCAUCUGUUUUAAUUGUCCUCCAGCCACUGAUAUUUUUAAAAGUUAAAAUGGGAAGGAGAAAAAAGCGGGAGCAGACUAAUUGGGAGACUUUUUUUAACAAGUGUAUGAGAGAAACUGGAGGAAGCUGGCUCAGGAUCUUUAUUAGAACUUAAUCAAAUGCAUCCAUCACAAACUUAUGACUGAAACAGUUCUGUAAUGUAUCUUUUCUACACGGAUGAUUACAUCAGAGUUAUAAUAUUAAUUCUUGAAUUAUAAAGCUAGGUUUUGUCUCUUAUUGGUUAUGAUGAAUAAAGAUUGCCUUGAAACCUGGUAUACCUCCUGGCAAUGCUUGACGACUUAGUGAUCCACAUUUAAGGUAAUUUUGGAGAGGCAGCCAAUGCCUCACCUUAAAAAGAAAAACCCGCCUUUUUUGAGGUUCACAGAUUCUACCAACUUUAUGUACACAGCUAAGCAGCUAAUGAACUUAGUUGGUCAACAAUAAGAAAGCUACCUUAUUGAGGUUAGAGCAUGUAGGGACAAAGUGAGACAGGCUAAAAGUCAGGUAGAGUUGGACCUU